AUGGCUCGUUUCACCUUAGUCGCCGCGUCAGCGCUUUCGGCGCUUCUCUGCAUGGCAAUCUGCGCAGUCGCGCAGCUGCGACCCGGCUGCAUCCAGAAGUACACGUGUCCGCAGCGCACGACGAAGAUGUGCGGCGUGUGGAAGACAUGCAACGUGGUGAGCAACUGGGACGAGGUCGACAGCUACGUCGUCUGCGACAACUGCGCGUACCUGCCCAAGUUCGACGCGCCAGAGGCCACGUGCAACUUCAAGUUUGGCCGCUGCAUGGCGAACACAAUCGACGGCAAGGCCUGCAAGAAGGGCGACAAAUGCGGCAAUCCGGACUUCAAGUGCAUGCCCAUCAACGGCUACUCAGGCGCUGCCAUCCCGCACCGCUGUUGCCGAACCAAGUGCCCUACCGGUCUCUGCGGCACGGGAAACAAAACUCUCAGUUACCGGAACCUUUGCGGCUACACGAUGAACUGCCCCACUGACUGCCCCGUGGAGGCUGCAAAGAAGAGAAAGUAA